AUGGCUCACGCCCACGAACAUUACCACGAGAGGAUGGCAGACUUGGCAAAACGACAGAAUGGCAUCAGUAUCGUUGGCGGUACCGCCUACACCGUCGUCUAUGUAACGGCGCAGCCAACCUUCACCGGUGUCAUCGGAGGCUAUACCACGCUUACCAGUGCGUCUUCGCAAGCCAGUCUUCAAGCUACAGCUGCGACAGCCUUGGAUCCAGCGACAGCAACUGCGGCAGCAACCUCUGCACCACUCGAAUUCUCCACAGCCCCGACCGAGACUGUGGUUGCGCAGGACUCGUCUACAUCAGCGGCUGUUCUAAGCUCGCCGGCGACAACCUCUUUGGAAGCCUCUCCUACGGCAUCGGACGUCUUUGGGAGUAACACGCGUAGCAGCACUGCUAAAAGCUCUGUUGCGCCUGCUUCUGCCACGACUAGCUCUUCCUCAGCCAACCCACCCUCGUCAAGCGCUGGCAUGUCUGCGGGCGCCAAAGCAGGCAUUGCGGUUGGUGUCAUUGCGGCCGUCGGUCUCUUCGCCCUCUUCCUAUUCUGGCUACUGGGGAAGAAGAGGAAAGCACGUGAGGCUCAAGCGAACAAAGACAACGAGAAGUCCACCUAUGGCGCAGGUGCAGCUACCGAGAUGAUCGAUAGGAGUCCACCGCCUAGUGCUGCUGCUCCACGGUUGAGCCUCCGACCUGUCUCUCGAAUGCUGCCAGAAUUCAUGGGACCAGCAUCCAAGAGCAGAAUGAGCGGCGGUAAUCUAUUGAACACAGUCAGGCAAUCAGGCUCUGCACCGUCUCGUAACCUGUCACCGUCACCUCGACCUCGUGGCCCAGCCGCAGCUCCUCAAGGUCCUGAAGAUCCCGACGUCAACAAUCCAUUCGCUGAUCCUCAGAAUCCUUUUGCCGACCCGGAGAAGCAAGUUCAAGCUCCUGCACCGGCUGCUGUUGCCCCCGUCGCCAACAACUCUGGACCAGUCAACCAACUGGCUGGGGCCGCUGCAGCCGCAAUGGCUAUUGCUUCUGCUUCUGCCGCCGCGGCGGCUGCUGCUGAACCAAAGCCAGCCCCGACUCCAGCUCCAGAAUCUGCCAAAGCACACGAACCAGCCAUGGCAGCACGCUCGGCUCCCGCUCCGAGUCAACCCCUAUCAUCUUUGGCCACAGCUGCGCCAGCUGAGCUAAGCGCGCGAGAUGCAUCCUCAACAGCUCCUUCGACGCCGGCAACCCUUACUUCAGAUGCUGCAGUCGCGGCUGGUACCGAACCACCUUCAGGCAACGUCUUCCGUGUUCUGUUAGAUUUCAAGCCUUCCAUGGACGACGAACUUGAGUUGAAGUCUGGCCAACUUGUCCGCUUGCUUCACGAGUAUGAUGAUGGAUGGGCUCUUUGCAUUCGCCUUGACCGCUCUCAGCAGGGUGUGGUUCCCAGAACCUGUCUUGCACCUAAACCGUCGAAGCCUAAGCCAUCGCACUUGAACCAGUAUGCUCGUCCACCGCCGCCAGGGCAAGGCCCAAUGUCUCGGCCAAUGUCACCGGCUGGCGCUCCACAAGGCCGCGUCGUUCCCAACUUCAACACGCCUAGACCUGUUAUUCCCUCUCAACGGCCCAUGAGUCCAGUGUCGAGGUCAAUGAGUCCCGCCGGAGGCCAAAGAGCUAUGAGCCCCGCGAGUGCUCGGAGUCCAAUGAGCCCAGCGGAAAGAUCGAUGAGUCCUGGAGUCUUUAAUCAAGCGCCUCGACCCUUGUCUCCCGGGCCUCGACCACAGCAAAAGCGCAGCGUGUCUCCAGAUCCCUAUGGAGGCAGGGGACCUAAGCCAAUGGCAGUGGUGACUCGACGGCGAAGCAACUCCGCUAGCAGUUUCCGAGACCGACGCAACUCUCCCGUUGGACCGUCAAAACUUGGACCGGGCACAGGUAUUGCCUUGUAA